GAAACGGUGACCCGGCCUGGGGACCCGGCGACAGGGCCGAGCGGUGGAAGCCUAACCGCCAGAGGUGAGUGUCCCCCAGGUCUCACCCGCGAAGGGGCCGGCCCGGGCUCGAGCCCGUCAUCUUCCGGGAAAUGGCGGCUGCCAGGCCCUGCCUGGGCCGAGUCCUCCCAGGGUCCUCCAUCCUGUUCCUGUGCGACAUGCAGGAGAAGUUCCGGCACCACAUUGCCUACUUCCCACAGGUCAUCUCGGUGGCCGCCCGCAUGCUCAAGGUAGCCCGGAUGCUGGAGGUGCCAGCCAUGCUGACAGAGCAGUACCCAGAAGGCCUGGGCCCCACGGUGCCCGAGCUGGGGGCCGAGGGCCUGCGGCCGUGGACCAAGACCUGCUUCAGCAUGGUCCCCGCCCUGCAGCAGGAGCUGGACAGCCGGCCCCAGCUGCGCUCUGUGCUCCUCUGUGGCCUGGAGGCACAGGCCUGCAUCUUGAACACGACCCUGGACCUCCUGGACCGGGGACUGCAGGUGCACGUGGUGGUGGAUGCCUGCUCCUCCCGCAGCCAGGUGGACCGGCUGGUAGCGCUGGCCCGCAUGCGGCAGAGCGGUGCCUUCCUCUGCACCAGCGAAGGGCUCAUUCUGCAGCUGGUGGGUGACGCCGCCCACCCCCGGUUCAAGGAGAUCCAGAAGAUCAUCAAGGAGCCCGCCCCAGACAGCGGGCUGCUGGGCCUCUUCCAGGGCCAGAAUCCCCUCUUCCGCUGACGCCGACCCUGCCUCGAGGGAGCCCACCCUGCCGAGCUCCGGACCCUGGUGGAAGGGCCUCCCCAUCCCUGCAUCCCGGGAGUGGUGCGGUCCACCUGGAGCGCCGCCCCCUCGGGAGGGGAGGCGGGCCUUGCCUUCCCAUUGGCCAGCUGCUCCCGGAAAUGCAAAUGAACUCCUGCAAGCCGGGCGAGAAUUGGCUGCGCCGGAGUGGGGGCGGGGCCCGGCCCCAGCCGCCGCACGGAGCCGGAAGAGGGGGACGGAGUGUCGCCGACCCGUGGGACACGGACUCGCGGAAUAAACAUUGAUGUGGCUGUGGACCGAA